GCGCUCCAGCGCUCCAGGCGCGGUGUUCAAUGUUUGGUCGGUAUCUUCAGUUCAAUGGUGGAAGAAGCAGACUGAAGUAAAGUUACAGCUACAGCGUGCAGCGAGACAGAACACAUCAAAAUUAAAGAUCCCAAUCUUUCGAAGACCACAAUGACAAAGAAGGAGCACAACGACCGGAUGAAGAAACCUAGAAGGCGGUCUCAGGUCUCGUCUUCUUGGUGGGAUGUUGUACUGCAUUAUGACCAUGACUGGACCAGGAGAUGGGGUGUGUGUGCCACCAAGGACUCGACCUCAGGAUGGCUUCGCCCAGCCAUGAAGGGUCUGGAGAUCUCGGGGCAUGGUCUUGUAUGGUUCACCAUUCCAUUAGCGAUACUUUACCAGUCAUACCUCUCCAAGAAUACAGUGGUCUUUAAUCCUACAGCAAACCUCAUCCUUGGAAUGUUGCUGGACUUGCUCGUCAAUUUCAUCCUUAAAGGAACAGUACGGCGCCAGCGCCCGGCAGUGAACAAGCCAGACAUGCUCCUGACCGUCUCCGUCGAUAACUUCUCCUUCCCAUCGGGUCACUGCACGAGGGCAGCAUUCGUGUUUUAUUUCUUCAUAACCACAUUCUCUUUACCACUUCUCAUGCAGGUUCUCCUUCUUCUAUGGAUGACCUCUGUUUGCGUCUCGCGUGUGCUUCUUGGUCGACAUUACUGGAUAGAUGUUAUAUGUGGGACUAUGAUUGGACUUCUUCAGGGUUUUGUUAUACAAAGAAAUUGGAAAACGUGGGACCUCAAUGUUGAUGGUUUAUGAUGUUCGGCAUUGAUGGUAUCUAAAAUUAUUGCCAUGAUUAAAAAGUACACUUUAGUAUUAUUCUCUUAUGAGGAAUGCUGGGCAACUACUGUAACAUCAUACCUUGUUUUGAACCAAAUUUCAUGUCCAAAAUAAUUGUAGGUAAUUAAAGGAUGGUUUACAUACUUUUGACUCUGGAAUAUUUCUAAUUUGUCAGAGGUCAGCUUAUGCAAACUUGAUAGCUAUGGGGUGUUAAUUUAGCAAGAAGCAUUCACCCCUGACGAGACAUCAAGAUUUCUCAUCUGUCAAAGCAGAUUUAACUUGUUAAGACUCAAGUUUCUGUAUUCCAUUUCAUCAGAAAUUGUUGAGAUUUUGAAUUAUUUAUCUAUUUAUGAUAUAUUGAUAUUGCUCAUUCAUUGUUGUGAUAAUUAACUUUGUAGCAAAAUGUAUUUGUGUUAAAUUUAUACUUUGAGAGAAAUUAUGCAAUAUUGCAAGUUUGUUCCUAUAAAAAUAGAUGAAUAUAUGUAAAUCAUACUGAGAGACAUGGGUCCUAUUGCACCAAAUAUGUUAAUCUAAGAUGUACCUUUAUAUUGGACUAAUUCACACCAAACACUAAGGAAUAAUAACAAUUACAUUAUACGUCAUUUAUGUUGUACGUACAUUGUUUUUAGUGCUGUAAACUAUAAUAUGCAACAUUUAUAUAGUGCCUAAUACAAUGUUUCCAAGCGCCGCAUACUAUUACCCAGGCUUUAGCAAAACUCCCAUGAUCGGGCGCUUGAGCAUUCAUGGAAUUCCUUCUUACUGGGUACCCAUUUACUACACCUGGGUGGAGAGCGGCAAAUGUAGAUAAACGUCUUGCCAAAGGACAUGAGUGCUGUGGUGGAUUCGAACCCCUUAACUUUUGGUUCAAAGCCGGGUGACUUAUCCACCGAGCCACAACAAUUCUACAAUUACCCUGGCUUUAGCAUGGCUACUCUGAUCAGAUGAUUAAUCAUUCAAGGAAUUCCUUCUACCAUGUCCCCUUUUACUCCACCUGGGUUGAGAGUGGAAAAGUAGAUAAAUGCCUUAAUAAGAUAUGCAAGUGAUGCAGUGGGAUUUGAACCCUGGACCUUGUGGCUCAAACUUGAAUAGAGACUUAUCAGCUGAGACA